CAAACGUUAUUCUUUCUUCAUAAUAUUACGAUUCCGAGCACCAUUCAGAGUCCAUUUCAGAUACGUACAAGUUUAUUUUUGAACAUGAUACAUCCCUACAUAAUCUGUUUCAACAAUCAGCGCCUCUAGACAUUUUGAACUUUCAGUCUCGUUCUUGACUAAACUCAACUCGUAAAUCAAUUAUUCGGUAUCAUGCAUCAGAAAUGUUUAAUGACGAUAGGCGCAGUUUUGCUUUGCAUGCUCCUGCCUAGCAGAGGGACUCACCGGCGCUGUGAAGUAGCGUCAUUCCGCACACUCUUGAGCCGGAGCGACCCUUGCGUCGUAAAGCUCGCUCGACGAACUCCGCUUCCGGAUUGGAUUAACAACUUGGAUUUUCUGGACUCGCUAACAAGCGCCUCUGAUGAGCAGCUUGAUGAUCUGGCGAAAGUGGUGUGCGCGUGUCGGCUGUUCCGCGUGCAUCGCAGUUGCCCCAACUCCGUGUACGAGCUCGUGACCGACGUGGCGUGGCGGUGCAUACCAGGGGCUCGUGAAAGCGUCAUGGCCAGGAUCACGAACGCCGUCGAGCAACAUAGAAAUGGAACGAAAUAUGCCGUGGAUGAAGAAAUACCACUGGGAAGAGAAGUGGAUAGUCAUGAAGUUGAGAUAGUACAUGGUGAGAGGACCAAGGACAUAUUUCCUGAUAGACAACGAAUUAGCCCAGAAGAAGACGACGGAGAGCCAGGAGAAGUUACUAAAGGUGAGUUGGACGAUGCACCGACCACUAAGAUGUAUGGAAGAACAUUGGAAGAGCAGCUCACUGAUUACUCCACUUCUAUUGACGGCAGCGGGACGACGGAACAAAGCGACGCGUAUUUCGCAACUACCACGACUGUCUACGAGACAGACGGUACUGAGGACUCGGUCACGCAAAAUUACGCUGCAUUUGGGACAAACAAUCCAAUGAAAUUAGGGUUCACCCCAGCCGAUAUGGUCGAUGAAAACAAUCAAGAUUACUCAGAGACUGAAGAAACUGGAACUAGUCGCACGGCAACAAACGUUUACGUAACAACCGGCAGUCUUCCUGUAACGAACGAUGGAUGAUAUAAAUGAAGAAGAUGAGCCUGAACCUGAGCCCGAACAUGAAGAAUAGUAAUUUUAUGCGUGAAUCAUGAUUAGAAACUAAAAUACGGUAUUUCCCAUUCAUAAGUAUACUUGAGAAAUAAAAAAAUGUGGCGGGUAAAAAAAAAAUUAUCCACCUAUAUGAGCAUCAAAUUGAUUUUUGUUACUGCCGUCUUGUGCAUGCAGUUCUGUUUUUAUAUCUUAGCAAUAUUGUUUAGCAUUAUGUAACAGAAAAUAUUUCAGUAAUUCAAUGUAAGGACGCACUUUACGAGUAUUUCCUGCCCGUUUAUCAAUGUCAAAUAAAAAUUAUUCAUUGCAUACUU